AAAAUGUAACAACCUUUAAUACGUUUGCGCAACUGCUUCAUCUAAACAGCUUUACAAGAGAAAGAAUAAAAGUUAAUGAAAACCUAAACAUGUGAUCGUUAGCUGUAGGAAGAACUGACCUAAGGGAAUAGGAAGCGUUUCUCUUAGAUAAGCGCUGUUGUGUUGCCUUUGUGAGCAGAUGUCUCCAUGUCUUCACUCUGGAUAAAGGCUGGUUCAAACACGAGUCGAGCUGCUGUAAAGUCAAGUGUUAGGAAUCCAUCCAGGAAAAACAGCAGCAUGGCUCUGGACCCACGGCUCGCAGAGGGGAUAGAGAAUGAUAAAGUACUCAAGCAAUUUCCUCCCUACGGGAGCAUUGAUGGCAGCUCAGCGAGUGACACCUGUCCUACCUGUCGGGGAACGGGACGCAUUCCCAGAGGCCAUGAAAACCAGCUAGUUGCAGUAAUACCAUGCAAUGAUGUCAGGCUGAAACCCAGACGCACGAAGCUGUACGUGUUCAUCUCCAUGGUUAUCUGUCUACUUAUUUGCUGCCUGAUCCUCUUUUUCCUUUUCCCUCGGAGUGUCUCCAUCACACCGGUGUCCGUUCUGUCAGUUACGGUCUAUUUCACCCCAGAUUCUGUUGAUAUGGAGGUCAAAAAUCUCCUCAACAUCACCAACGACAACUUUGUCCCAGUUCAGAUCAGAGACUUUAACAUGCAGGGUCUCGUUGCGAAGACGGUGAUGGGGAAGACGAAGAUGACCAACCUGACUGCCAUAAAGUCCCGAUCUAAGCAGUCGUACACAACUCAGAUCAACCUACUGAUCAAAGACAAAGGCUUAACAGAUUACUGCCAGUCAGAGAAAUUCAAGAUCCACACGUUAUUUCUGGAGCUGCAGUUGACGAUGAACAUUUCCUACUUCUCUCACACGGAGCAGCUCUCUCUGGACACCUUUGAGUAUAUUGACUGUGGGACCAACUCAACCACCCCGCACCCCGUAAGAUGAUGAAAUCCAGACCAACACCACCACUUUAUCACUCCAAUAAAUGUGAUUUUAUUUCCUUUAUUUUGUGUCGUUUUAAAUUUACCCAGUGGCUUUAAUCCGUCACUACAAAGACGAUGAAGUGUAUGGUUUAAUGAAAUUUCUGUAAAAUUCUGCAGUUUUGUCACUUGUUUACAUUUAAGUGUAAAUAUGUUUGGUGGAAAAUCUAGUGGUAUUGUAUAAAAGUGUAUUUUAUGUCAUAAUGAUUUGGCUUUUUUUAAAGCUUUGUUUUGGUGUAAGAGAGUUGACCUCUGGUAGUGUUUGCACUUUAAUAAACUGUGACAUUGAAACUUCA